GGUCAUCAGAGUCGAUGAACAUUACAAAACAUGUGCUCAUCGUCAUGGAUGGGAUGAAAGAGUUCACGACGGAGCCGCUUGAAUGGGCCCUUGAGAAUGUAAUCAACGCUGGCUCUACUGUCACUCUUCUUGGUGUCAUGCCAUGGCUUAAUAUUCCCCUCUCUUCCAAGACAUGGCUGGAUGUUUGGCCGGUGGGACUAGAAGAAUUGUCAUUUGUCAAAGAGAAAAAUGAGUGGAAAAGCGACCUCAAAUAUCUAAAGCUUCAAAAAGUGGUGGACCUUUGCAACAAAUAUGGGGUUUUUCCCCAGAAGAAAGUUAUAAUGGGUUAUCCCUCACGGCUGCUGGUUGUUGAGCAAAUUACAACCCUUCAUGCGACAUGGGUGGUCUUCGAUAGGCAUCAAAAGAAUGAUAGAAAAUUUUACGCCGGGAAGCUUCCAUGUAACAUGGUGAUGAUGAACGAAGAGGGGGAAGUUGAUAUGAUAAAGGGACGGCCCAUGAUAGAUAGUGACAGCGCCGUUGGAGAGUCACCGGCCUCUUUGCUACCGACUCCGCAGCUGAUGAUCUGUGACCACUUGAAGGGAAUUCUUAAGAAACGAGCACAAGAUCUUCAUCAAGACCCCGAGGAUCAAGAUCGGAAGGACGUGCCAUGAUCUUGAUCAACAAGGGAAGGAAUGCAGAAACAAAGAAAGAUAUUGGCAGAAGAGGAGAGGCUGAUGAGCUUAUAUAGAGAUGCAAUAACUCCUUGGGGGAGUAACUUGGCCAUGGGUUUUAUUUGUUUUCACUUGAGUCAAGCUAUCAAAUUAAUCAACUUUUGUUUGGCAAGUGUGUAUUCUCCCAAGAUUUUCUGAUGUAAUAUGAAUUUGCUCUCC